CGGAGAGUACAUUUACUGAAGAAAUGGAGAAGAUCCCUGUUCCCUUCGUCACUGUUCUAGAGCUGAAGAUUGGAUCACGGGGCCAUGUCUUUGGACCACUGUUGCUGUACUUGCUUGGGAUUUAUCCUGCAGUGCAAAAGCUCGUCAUCAUUCUACUGGAACCCCAGCCCAACGUGGAAGACACUUGCUUCAGAAGGAGGUGCUACUGCGAGAAGCCUAACAGGGCCUGGAGUGAUGAAACUGUCUCCCUGAUCAGCCUCAGGGAGGUGGAAAUCAAGGGGCUCAGAGGAAGCUACCAUGAAGUCGAUUUCCUCCGGCUGAUCUUCAGAAGCGCGCCGCUGCUUCAGAGAGUGACCGUGAAGCUGUGCUCUGCAAUCAUUCCGGAUAACGACUGGUACAACACAAUCCUCGACACCUUCGAGGAGCACCCUGCUGUGAGCUGCACUGUCUGUUUGUAGAACAGCAGGGUUCUGCUGGAUGCAUGAUCAGGAUGCUCCUAGCUGCAGCAAGAAUUGCUACCAAACCAUCGUUAGCCUUUUAU